AGAAGAAUGAAAUAAAGUGAGGAGUGAUGGACAUUCAGUCUGUGUACUCAGAGUACCGUCGCUGGGUUAAUGGAAAACCGGACCGCUUCAGUGGUGUGAACAGCUUUUGGCCAAGCUGCACCGGUUCCAGUUCAACUGCGACCGUGACUCUGAAUGCAACCGCAACCUCCCAGCCUGGCCGACCCCAACCGGGCCCUUCCUCUAUUCGCUCACAGUCCACCGCCCAGCCCCAGCCUGAACCCGAGAUCAGGGAGUUCCGUCGGAAUGAGGAUGCGUUUAACUACCGGCGCUUUUCCAAGUUUGCAUCCAAGCGGAGGGACGCAUCCAAGCCGGAGAACUCCGAUUCUGACUCCAUUCACCAGCAGGACUACAGGAGCCUGUGGGGCCGGCCGGCUAUGUCCGCCCGACCCCCCGACCACCUGAAGGUCAGCACCUGCCCCUUUGUGGCCAUCACUGAGUACCAGGACCAGUACAGGGCCUGGCAGGUGCCGCCGUCCUACCGGCGUCGAGACACCGCCUCCCGCCCCACGCAGAAGAUGGACCUGCGCACCUCCUAUGCCCAGGACUUCAAGGGCCUGCAGGGGGACCUAACCGCCUCCGCCAGGCCCCCCGACAACCUGAGGGUCAGCGUCGGCCCCUUCGGUGUCAGCUCUUCCAAGAUGCACCAGAAAGAGUGGCUAGUUCCACCUCCCCAGCGGUACAAACCUGAAAAUGUUCCCCCUCAGGGCAAAAUAGACUUCUCUACCAGUUAUGGACAGGCAUUUAAGGCCCAGGAGGGGAGCAUGCGAUUCCUUAUCCUGCCCAGGGAUCACAUCCACUUGUCCCAGGGGGUCUUCCCAGGCAAGACCACCUACACCGCUGACUUCUCACCCAUGAGGACCAGGGCUUUGUGAAUAUCCACCACCCACCACCAGAGGGGAAUGUUUGCUGCACCUUCAUGGCCCCGGAAGAGCUACCUGCAUCUACUCGCCUGCAUAACAACACAGAAACAAGUAGGAAGAUAGGGCCAGUAAAUUUGCAACUAUUCCGAAUGCUGCAACAGAUUGGGUGUACCCCUUUGAAUUUUCAAACAUGAAAGAAUGGGAAGAGUGAUUUGAGGUUAGGUAACAUUAGGUAACAAAGCAGUAAAACAAAGAAAAGCAUCACAUGCUUUCUUUUU